GGUUGGAGCUGCGUUUGAGUUUCGCAGAGCUUAUCCAGCAGGGCAGAGCUUUAAUCUCUUAAUCAAGGUGGUGCAACCACGCGACCGCCCGCAUAAAAUUGCCGAACCUCUCUCACACACCUCUCUCCCCUCCUCCCGCGCCGCACCAAUCCAGCGCACCCUCACCACAACAAACCUUGACCCAGAACGAGGCGCACGGCGACUUCACCAAUCACCCGAAUUGAAACUGUAAAAAAAAAAAAAAAAAAAAAACCCAGAUAACUAUCGUCAUGUUGUCCGCAUUUGGCCGCGUGGCCGCGCGACAGGCGUAUGUCGCUAGCAGCCUCUCAAUUCGCAGCGCAAGCCGCCUCGCCGCACCCGUCAUUCCGAGCGGCUUCCGUGUUGUGGCCGUUUUCACCAGAGGCUUCGCCGCGGCCGGCGCCCCGAAGAAAACGGCAACCAAGGCCAAGACCUCUGCGGCACCAAAGAAAACGACUGCCGCCAAGAAACCUGCAAAGACGACGACGAAGAAGACAGCCACGAAGAAGGCUGCGAAGCCGAAGGCGAAGGCCGCAAAGAAGCCAACGGGCGGCAGAGCGAAGAAGCCGCUGACCGACGAGGAGAAGGCCAAGAAGAAGCUCCGCGCUUUAAAGCAGAAAGCAUUGUUGAAGGAGCAGCCGGCCAAACUUCCUGUGGCGCCAUGGGCCAUUUUCGUAACCAACAAUUUGAAGGAAGUACUGAACAAAGACCCGAAGCCCGAGUUCGCCGAGGCUAUGCGCCAACUCGCGGCCGAGUACAAAGCUCUGCCGCAACAAGAGAAGGAGAAACUCGAUCAAGAGGGCCAGAAGAACAGAACCGCCAACGAGGUCACCCUCAAGAACUGGAUCGACAGCCGCACGGCUCAGGAUAUCCGCGGGGCGAACGUGGCCCGCAGCACCCUCAAGCGGAUGCACUCCGUCUCCGUCAAGCCUACCCUUCCCGACCCCCGCUUCCCCAAGAGGCCCAUGACCCCCUACAUUGCCUUUAUCAAGGCGCGCUACGCUGCUCAUGCGUUCGAGGACCUCUCGAAUCCGGCCAGGGUCUCCAAGCUAAGCGCAGAGUGGAAUAAUCUCGGUGCUCAAGAGCGCAAGGAAUAUGAAGGGAUUGCGGCAACCGACUCUGCCAGAUUCAAGACCGAGAUGGAUGCGUACCGGGAGACUGCCCAGGAGAAGUAGGCUUCUACCGCGCCGUGUUGGCAGUGAGAGACCUGCUCGGCCGUCUGUACAAUAUAAAUACCAUUCCCUGGGGGUUGUGCCUUUGCGUGUGAUUGACGAAGUUUGUCGGAACGGCUUAGGUUGUAUAUGUAAAUAUACCGAUGUCUGAUGAA